CUGGAGAGAUAGUUGAAAAUUUGGUAAUGGCCUGUCACAUUCAUAUUUGCCUCGUCCAAUCCGAGGAUUUCAUCGAGAAACGAGGAAGGGACAUACACUUCUCUACCUCUUUUGUCUUGUUUUUGUUUUUGUUUCGUCGUCUUCGUCCUCGUUCCGCUCACUUUAAAAAGAAACUAAGAACUUGUUAGCUGAUCUAAAAAACUGACAGUACCCUAUUUUACUUUCCUUCCUUCGAAUGUCGCCCUGGGCCAGGCUACGUGCAUAGAAUGGGAUCUGAUAAUAUGACCGCUACUGACAGCGAGUAUGAUAUCAUGCAAGAGGCGGUUAUUGAGGUUUCAUCAAAAGCUUACCCCACAUGUUUUCCACUACGCUCAUCAACACCUUUUCUCUUGGUCUUUUGGCUGUUGUUAGUGUAGUCGCAGCACCCGGUGGGAUCAGCGUAGGGCCUAUCAGCAUAGGACCUGGUGGGAUUAGCCUAGGACCUGGUGGUAUCAGCAUAGGACCUGGUGGUAUCAACUUAGGACCCGGUGGUGGACCAGGUGCUAUCAACGCAGGACCAGCCGCCGUCAACCUCGGCACCGCUGGAAACUAUGCAAUCCUCGCAAAGUCGGGCAUAUCAACUGUACCGGAGUCAAUCAUCAGUGGGAAUAUCGGUGUUAGCCCCAUCUCAACGACUGCUUUCACAGGGUUCUCCGAAACUCUUGACUCUACUGGAAAAUUUGCUACGUCACAGCAAGUGGUCGGCGAACUUUUUGCUGCAUCGUUCGCUGCUCCUACACCCACGACUCUGACCACUGCAGUUUCCGAUAUGCAAACAGCGUUCAAUGACGCAACUGGUCGUGUAACUCCAGAUUUUACCAACCUCGGUGGUGGUGAACUUGGUGGUCUCGUCCUUACACCUGGCCUGUACAAAUGGACUGGAGCAGUUAGCGUGAAUUCUACUGGUGUCACUAUCGCUGGGACACCGUUAGAUCACUUUAUCUUCCAAAUUCCCGCCACUCUUGGUUUCGCUGCAGCAUCCCGUGUUACUUUGGUUGGUGGUAUCCCCGCUUCGAAUAUUGUUUGGGCUGCCACAAGCGUAGUGACAGCUGGUGCAGGCUCUCACAUCGAGGGUGUUGUUCUAGCAAAAACUGCUGUUACUCUGGAGACAGGUGCUACUAUGAAUGGCCGCAUUCUGGCUCAAACCUUUGUUGCUUUGCAAUCAGCCACAGUCAUUGGAUAGUGUCAUCUCUUACUUGUUUUCUCGGUACCAUGCUGUCAAGUCCCCGUGUAUCUCUAUGUACUUUCAUAGUUGUAAUUGAUUGAAUUCGCUGCA